GGGGGUUAAUGGCGGCCGGGAGGGUCCGGGGGGGCCGGGACAGGGACACGGCCUCGGGUGAGGCGUUCGCCCCGGCCCUGACCCCCUGUCUCACCCUCUGCGUCCGCCCCGGGGGGGCUCGUUCGCUUGUGGGGCCCCUCCGUUGUGCUCCAGCAUGAAGAGCACCCGCAGCUGCUCCUCCGUGCAGGGCUCCGGCGUCACCGACCUGGUGCUGACGGGGCUCCCGGCGCCGCUGUCCCGCCGCCCCGGCAGCGCCUCCCCCGCCAGGCUCGUGGCACGCUCCGUGUCCGUCACCGCCGACGGCAAACCCAAGAGGAAUGCUCUGGAGGAUGCGGGACCCCGGGCGAUGAACAACCUGCGCAGGUCCAACAGCACCACCCAGGUGAACCAGCGGGUGAACAGUGCACACAGCUCGGAGCAGACAGGAGACUUCCUGGCCUUCUUUGAGAGUGGUGCAGGAGGAAGAAAGAAACUGGCAAGUCUGAGCAAAACUUCCCCGGAAAAGAAAACCACGUGGAACAUCCUGGAUGACCAGCCCCGAGCAUUCCCAGGCCCCUCCGGCUCCCACGGCCUGGAGCCACCCCCGGGCAUGAGGAGGAAGGAGGCCACUGUGCUGCUGGCUGCCAACUUCACCGCCAACAACAGGAGCAACAAGGGCGCGAUGGGCAACUGUGUCACCACCAUGGUGCACAACAACUACUCCACGGCCGAGAAGGGCCCCACGCCCAAGAGCUCCAACCAGGCUCCCAGUUCCCUCAACAACGUUGUGAAAGCGACCUCGAACGAGGACGGGGAAGGCGGCGGCAGCUUCGCGAAGUCUCAGAAGAAUUUCUCCAGCAACAACAUCGUGACCCGCAACAACAACAGCAGCAGCAGCAGCAGCAGCGCUCCCAGGAGGAGGGAGGUGACCGAGGAGGAGGCUGAGAGGUUCAUCCAGCAGGUGAACCUGGCUGCUGUCACCAUCCAGCGCUGGUACCGCCGGCACUCGCAGCGGCACAGGACGGCAGCAGCGGCUCUGGGGCGCCUGAUGGCCACCAAGAGGGAGGAAAGGCAGCAGCGGAUGGAGGAGGGGAAUAUCCUGGAUUUGCAGGAGAGGAAGGAUGAGGAACAGCGGAAGAUCCGAGAGGAGAAGGCGCGCCUGGCCCGGCGCGCGGCCAUCCAGGAGCUGCACCAGAAAAGGGCCCAAAAGGCCUUGGAGACAAAGUGCUUGGCAGAAGAAGAGCUGGUGCUGGUGAAGGGGAGCAGGAGGGUGCCCAAGAAGAAGCCUGGUGCCAAAGCUGCCUCGGCCAGGAACAUCAGCCCGGCCGGCAGCCUCACCAAAGCCAACAACACUGAGCCCAAUUCCCACCUGGCAGCUGUGGAUCUGGAAGGAAGCGGCCUCGCAGCCCUCGGCUCCGUGCCCUUGCAGGACCCUGGGGCAGAGGACAAGCUGCAGGAUGUGAGCUCCAGAGAGACAGGUAAUGAGGACCUGGAGACAGCGGUGACUGCUGGCAGCAGGGCCCCAUCCAAGGUCACGCUCAAUGAGCUGCUGGACACGCUCCGGCUGCUGGAGGAGGAGCCGGAGCUGCUGCCCCCACCCAAGCUCCUCAAGAAGGACAGACACGCCUGGACGGACAGGCAGGAGCCCAGCUCCAAUUCCCUGACUGCUGAUAACCUGGAGAAGUUUGGGAAGCUGAACCACUCGCCGGGGGUCCCCGAGGACGGGGCCUUGCUCUCGGAGGCCAAACUCCAAAGCAUCAUCAGCUUCCUGGACGAGAUGGAGAGGUCGGAGCAGGAGAGGCCCAGGUCGGCUGCCUCGGCCACACAGCGGGAGAGUUUCCUCUUGGAAGAGGAGCUGGCUCACGUGGAGCAGGUGUCGGCUGUUGCCACGGAGGUGACAAGCUCCAUGAUGAAGCUGAAGCUGGAAGUGGAGGAGAAGAAGCGAGCCAUCAGCCUGCUGCAGACAGCCCUGACUCAGCAGCGGGAACUGACGGACCGACACGUCAAACAGACCGAGCAGGAGCUCAGCCACCAGCUCAGGCUGCAGAGGGAGCAGUAUGAGGCAGCUAUCCAGAGGCACCUGGCCUUCAUCGACCAGCUCCUCGAUGACAAGAAGGUGCUGAGUGAGAAGUGUGAGGCCGUGGUGGUGGAGCUGAAACAAGUGGACCACAAGUACGGCCAGAAGAUCAGCCAGAUGCAGGAGCAGCACGAGCUGGUCUGGCGCACUUUGGGCCCCUUUUGUGAGGAGAUUAAGAAACUGAAGGAACUGAUGAGUGCAACUGAGAAAGUCCGACGGGAGAAGUGGAUCGAGGAGAAAACCAAGAAGAUCAAAGAAAUCACUGUGAAAGGGCUGGAGCCGGAGAUCCAGAAGCUCAUGGCCAAGCACCGUGAGGACAUCCGGAAGCUGAAGCUGCUGCACGAGGCCGAGCUGCUGCAGUCGGACGAGCGGGCGGCCCAGCGCUACGGGCGGCAGGCGGAGGAGCUGCGGGGGCUGCUGGAGCGGCAGAAGGAGGAGCAGAGCCAGCGGGAGCGGGAGCGGGUCCGGCAGCGGUGUGAGCAGCAGCUGGAGCAGGAGGAGCAGGCGCUGGAGCAGCAGCGGCGCCGGCUCUACGCCGAGGUGGCCGAGGAGAAGGAGCGGCUGAGCCAGCAAGCGGCCAGGCAGCGUGCGGAGGUGGAGGAGCUGCGGCGGCAGCUGGAGGCCAACAGCUCAGCCCUCAGCCGGGCACUGCGCGAGGAGAGCGCCAAGGACAGGGAGGAGCAGGAGAGGCGGCACCAGGCAGAACUGAAGGUGCUGAAGGACCAGCUGGAGAUGGAGAAGCAGGCCUGGGAGGCCAACUACAUGAAGAAGGAGGAAGCCUGGCUGCUCUCCCGGGAGCGGGAGCUGCGGGAGGAGAUGAGGAAGGAGAGGGACAAAGAGAUCGAGCUGGUGAUCCAGCGUCUGGAGGCUGACACAUCCUUGGCCAAGGAGGAGUGUGAGAGGGCAGCGGAGAACAGGAUCAAGAGGAUCCGGGACAAGUAUGAGGUGGAGCUGCAGGAGCUGGAGCGGUCCGAGCGGAAGCUGCAGGAGCGCUGCAACGAGCUGAAGGGGCGGCUGGCUGAGCUGGAAGGGGAGAGCAUCCGUCUGCAGGGCCUGCUGAAGCACAAGGAGCAGGAGGUGGAGGAGAUCCGGAAGGAAUUCGUGGACAAGCUGGUGGGGAUGGAGGAGGAGAACACACAGCUGAAGGCGGAGAUGGCGGAGCUGAGGGCCCGGCAGCGCCUGGAGCUGGACAGGCUGGUGCGGGAGAAGGACCGGGAGCUGGAGGAGGUUCACAGGAGGGUGAAGUCGGCGGUGCAGAGGAAGGAGGAGAGCGUGAGCAGCCUGCGGAAGCAGUACGAGGUGAGUGGGGUGGCCCCGGCCCUGGCUCCGGCCCUGCCGGGCACCACGAGCUCCCCCUUGUGCUCCCUUGCAGGCGGCCGUGCAGAGAGCCAACCUGCUGGAAUCCCUCCUGGAGCAGCAGCGGCAGCUGGCCACGGAGUGACUGUCCUGCCGGGCAGGGAGCGGGGCCGGGGUGCUCCGGGGUGCUGCUGGGGCUGGGGUCGGGGUCAGGCUCUCCCCUUGCUCAGCCCUCAUUCUCCACAGCCCAGUCCUGGUGCCGUGGCCAUGCCAGGACACUUGGUGGCCUUUAGAUGUUCAGGAGUUUUGUUCUGACAAUAAAUCUGUGCUGGUUUCUUCA